UUCCCGGAAGAGACAGCUGUUCAUUUGACAAACCAGGCAGAAUUUCAGGGCACCAGUUACGGUGUUGGCAUGAUCUUGGUAUAUGGCUCCAAUGGUGGAUUGCCCGACUUUGCUGAAAUACUCCAAAUCAUCAUAGUUCGUGACCGCUUAGUGUUUGUGUUGAAGUUGCAAAAUGCAGGGUACCUUGAGCAUUUUAGAUGUUUCAAGUUGGAGUCCACAAGUAUAGUCAAAGUGAUUGAGCAGUCCCAACUUAUUGACACAUACCCAUUGGCUACGUAUGCAAUGCAAGGCGAUCGUAUGGUUUCUCUCAAACACCACAUCUGCUUGUCAAACUAGUUGUGCUUGCCCAUAGCUGACAUGUCUGCCCCAACUCAACUACGUGUUGUUAUAGAAGAAACUCAAGUUCACAAGUUAAUCCUACCAGGUGGAGUUCCCAGCACUGUAGAUGAACUUUUAGCAGCUGCACAGGAUCAUUUUCAACUCCAAGGGAGCUUUACUGUUAUGUACAUGGACAAAGAAUUUGAUAACCAAUUCUUCACUCUAACGUCAACAGAUUUGGUUAAGGACAAAGACACAAUCAAACUAGUUAGAACAGAAGAGUCUGUUAUUCUCACAUUGACUCCCAGCAACGAGUCAUUUGCUUCCUCUCCAGUGACUCCCAGCAACGAGUCAUUUGCUUCCUCUCCAGUGACUCCCAUCAACGUGUCAGUUGCUUCCUCUCCAGUGCCACAGGAUCAGUCUUUCCAGGAUGACAGUUCUGCAGUUAGCUCAGCGGACACCAUCAUUUCACCACAGUCCCCAGAGUGUCGAUCAGAACCAUGGCCAACUAAUUUUGUCAUUCCCACCUUUUCAUAUGACGUGGAAAUGCUCCUUCAAGUAGGAAAUAAGGCUUAUGAAAGUAAUGGCUCACUCCUUAACAAUCCAAACUUGAGUUUGAGCAUACUGGACAAACUUGCUGACACCAUUUUCUGCUACACUGCUUAUCCCACUGGUCUUCAAAAACUGGCUGUUGUAGAAGCUCUGUUAAAAAAGCAUCCAUGCCUUAGGGAGCCUAAAACAUCAUUUUCAGGCAUCUAUGGGUGGCAGCAGCGUCUUACUUGGAAGGUGGCUAAUUACCGUAGCAAAAUGAAAAGGCGUGAAGUACCUUGUCCUGAGCUCGAUGUCAACUCCUUGAAAAGGAAAUCCCCGGGUGAGCGAAAUCCGGCAAAAAAUUGCAAGAGACCGAAGAAAGCAGAGGUUAACUACCUUCCUCCACAUCCAAGUGGAGAAACUAGCAACAGUCUGGAGAUGGAGAGACAGGAACUUCUCAAUGAGGUAAAGAAGAAGAAUAACAACAAGGUGAUUGAAGAAAAAAUGUCUAAAACAUUCUCCAUGCGAAGGCUUGAGGUUGUGAGUGGAACUCCAGCAGCGGCUGACUUCAGAGAACGAUGGCCUGCAUUGUUUUGUGAAGAUGGGAUAAAAGAGGAAUUCCGCAGAAUUACCACAAUUUCCCUGGAGCAGAGCUUCAUCUACAGACUUGAUGCCUACACACCCAAGCUUCUAACCCUGAUGAAGGCCAAGGGGGGUGUAGUGGGGACCAAACUGAGGCCUUUCCUCUUUAAACUGAGUAAGAACCAAAGCAUUGAGAUGAGACGGGAAACUGUUAUCCGCAGCCUCAUUCUGUACCUCGGCGAGGAGGGAGAGCAUCUUUUUGAAGAUUGUCAGGAGGACCACCGCAGUGAUGCUACUGAACACGUCCUGAAGAUCUUGGUCGCCCAUGGUGCUUCUGAAGAGGAUCCAGUUGAUGUGUCCAUCAUUCUUGAAGGCACGGAAGUGUUGCAUGGAUGUGGAAACGUCGCUAAAGCCUGCACAUUAUUGAUGGGACUGAUCUAUGCCCUCAACCUUGCAUACCCCCAAACACUGCAUUACACUUUUGAGGUGUUUCAGAAACUUUUCCUGGAACUGGAUGGGAUGAAGCUGUCCCCAAAAGUACAAGCCUUAAAGUCAAAAUUGCUCUCUUAAACACACACACCACCACCCCUCCCCCCUCCCCCCCCAC